UCAGAUGACAAAAAGUCAGAUGAUAAAAAGUCAGAUGAUAAAAAAUCAGAUGACAAAAAAUCAGAUGACAAAAACGUUCAUAAAAGAGAAGAAAAGGAAAGUAAAAAGUCAGAUGACAAAAAGUCAGAUGAUAAAAAGUCAGAUGAUAAAAAAUCAGAUGACAAAAAGUCAGAUGAUAAAAAAUCAGAUGACAAAAAAGAAGAAAAGGAAAGUGUCAAGUCAGAUGACAAAAACCUUCAUAAAAGAGAAGAAAAGAAAACUGUCAAGUCGGAUGACAAAAACCUCCAUAAAAGAGAAGAAAAGGAAAAUUUUAAGUUAGAUGACAAAAACCUUCAUAAGUAA